AUGGAAAGAGAAAACAUGCUGCGCCGAAAUUGGGAUGAUGACGUGUUUGUUAACUACAUUCUAACUAUACAAUACACUCUUAUUAUUUCAGAAAUAGUACCUUAUUUCAAAUGUUCAUUUAUUGAUCUACUCGUCAUAUGCACCAAAGAGGAAUACAACGAGACUACAUUUACGUGGCAACAGUUCUAUGAUGAUGGUUCCUACAUAGGCACUACACCAGAGAUAACAGCGACGACAUCAAAAUUUAUAUAUAGUUUAAAAAACUUCGAUUACAACACAUUUGUGAAAGCAUUGCCAGACAAUUCUAGCAGUAAUUCAUUUAGAUUGAAUCCUGUUAUCCCCAAGUUCAAAACUAAGAGCAAACUGACGUUUACAGACUCAACCAAUAUUGAAUUCGAUUGUGAAAUAUAUUUACAGCAAACAAACUAUGUAUACGUAAGCCUUAUUAACACAACUGAAAAUAAGAUAACGACACUGAAUACUACAAAAAUUAAUAAAAAAUAUGGUGAAGAAUAUAACGGUAGUAUUUUGUGUUGUUUGUAUUACAAGAAAUCUGAACUACCACCUGAAAAAUAUGUAGUGCGAUAUAUACAGGAUAUAACACUGUUAUUAUAUUCCACUGAAGCACUUGCUGAUUCCGACGUUACAAGAAAUCUUACAGUGCUAUAUACGUCUGUUACUGCCGCAGUGCUUAUUCUUGCAGUCGCAAUAAUUAUUGUAGUUAUAAAACGUUGUUGUAAUAAGACGCCCUCAUCAUCAGAACCAAAGCCAGUAUCAAAGUGGGAACCAUUUUAUGUGAAUAAGCUGUUGCUGUUACGCAAAGAAUGUGACAGAGAAAUUGAGGCUGAACGACAAGCGCAGGAACCGGUGUAUGAAGAGAUUUCGUGAAAAAAACUCAUCACAAUGUUACAUCUACAAAUAAAUAACUAAAUAUAGCAACACCACACGCGGUCGGUUAGCCCCAUGGUAAGCUAUAUAUUAGCUUGUGUUAUGGGUGCUAACACUACUGAUAUACCACAUAUAUUACUAUACAUAUAAAUACAUAUUAUAACUCCCAGACCACAGCCAACAAGCAUGCUCAUCAAGCCAAUGUUGACCGUACCGAGAAUCGAACCCGGGACCAUCAGUCCGGCAGUCCGGUAUGGUGACCAUUGCGCCAACGAGGUCGUCUAAACAAAAAUAAACAUAGAUUUGUUUUGUCUAUCAUGGAUGUAACUUGAUUACUUGAACCUGAUACUAGUUUUAUUUUAUCGAUAAAGAAAUCAUUAGUUAUUUACCGUCUUACCACAAAAACUUUUAAACGUCAGUUUAUGCCUUGUC